CGGCAGUUGGCGGCCAGAGCCAGAGGACCGGGGAACAGCGAGCAGUCACCGUCGUCAACAGCCCAGCUACGGCAGGCCGGAUCCCGGAUUCCCAUAGGACCUGCCGAGAGCAAGAGCGAGCGGACAACAGGAAAAACUGUAACUUGUAGAUCCACCUAUGAACAUAGGAAUUUACUUUGGACAUUAUUCUCAAAAUCAUUUGAAAGAAGUCGAGUGGACUGAGAUGACUGUGAUGGAAUGUAGAAGUAAACAGGACAACAGUUAGCCUGUCAGCUACAUGUUCUGAAAAGCGUAAACUGCAUUACAGUAUUUUUAUUUUUUAAAAAAAUCCAUGCUUUUCCUUAUGCUGAUAAUUUGUAUCUCCUCUCUCUGACCUUAUUCCUCAUAAUUUGGCAGCAUUGUCCUAGAUUUUGCACCAAACGAUCAUCAAUGUGGAAGCAUACUGGAUGACUGCAAAACCCUUAAUUUUUUUCGUAUUGAAGUCCAGCAGAGAUAUGUUCAUUGGAAUUUGGACUUGAACGAUGAAACAGUUUCUCUCAAAGCUGACACGUAAUUCAGCAUGUUCUACUUAAAGCUGUCCAAUACCUUCAGUCGCCUUUGCUUUUAAGGCACAGUUUUACUGGGUUUCAUGAGUGAACUGAAUAUAUGGGGACAAUUUCUUGUGUCCUUACAGAUUUCAGUGGUAGACAAAUCACAGCUGUAACAAUGCUUCUUUAAAAAGUUAGUUGCAUUUUUAUGUGGGUAUACAUUUGUACAAAUUUUACAAUUUGUAUAAAAUAGUGGCAUUAAAAACAGGCUGUAAUAAAUUACGUAUUUUAUUGUGAAAUAUUGGUUUGAUUUGGCUUAAAAAUUGCCUUAAUAAGAAUCGUAAAUGUUUUUUUUUCUCAUUGCACUUUUCCUGCUGCAGGUGUUAAUGUGUAGUAGGUGUUGCUAACACUGAUUUACUGUUAAUGUGUUGGCACAAUUGCUAACCAUUUUUAAAUAGAUGCUCACAUUUCAGCAGCGUAGUUACAUUAAAUUGGUUACCCACAUGUUUCUCCUUUAAUUCAGAAAUCUAUUGAAUGAUAUGAACUUUCAACUUGUUAGCUUUUGUAGUUCUCCACGUGAUGAGUUAUGGGCUAGUAAUUUGGAGCAGGAGAGCCAUAUUGAACAUAUCAGAUAGUUGUCAGAAUCACGUAAAUUUCGAUCAUUCACGUUAUCUGGGUUUUGCAGAACGUGGAUGCUAGAUAUUGAAUGACUGGGAGUCCUGGAGCUGGUUGUUCAUUAACACCUUGUUGAGGGAGAGCUUAGGAAAGGUUGAGGUGGAAUAUUUUUCCCCAGUAUUUAAAAAUCUUUGUGUCUGUAUAGUACACUGCUAUCUUGAAUAAUUCUCAGAAUCAGGUUUAAUAUUACUGGCAUAUGUUAUGAAAAUUGUUGUUUUGCGGCUGCAAUACAUUGCAAUAAAUUGCAAUAAUAAACUAUAAAUUACAAUAAGUAUAUAUUAAAAAAAGAAAAAUAAGUAGUGCAAAAAGAGAGGAUUAAAAAGUACUGAGGUUGUGUUCAGGGAUUCACUUUCCAUUCAGAAAUCUGAUGGCAGAGAGGAAGAAACUGUUCCUGAAAUGUUGCUUGUGUGUCUUCAGGCUCCUGUACCACCUCCUUGAAGAUAGCAACAGAAGAGGGCAUGUCUUGCAUGAUGGAGUCCUUAAUGAUGGAUGCUGCCUUUCUGAGGCAUUGCCUUUUGAAGGUGUCCUGAACGCUGGGGAGGCUCGUGCCCGUGAUGGAGCUGACAGAGUUUACUACUUUCUGCAGUUUUUCCCAAUCCUGUCCAGUGGGCCCUCCGUACCAGAUGGUGUUGCAACCAGUUAGAAUGCUCUCUACGGUUGUGCACUGCAAGUAAGGCAUAGGGAAUCUGAACAUGAGUAACACAGCGGCAACAAGAAAGCCAUACAGGAAGGCACCACCUCAGCACCGGGAGAAUCGGAAUGAGCCACCAAUUUUUAGGAAUCAACUAGAUGGGACAGCCGUAUCAACUGAGCAGAGCCAGGAACCACUGACUGAUGGAGACCGAAUUAAGUUGUUACAGCAACAGAAUGAAGAGCUGCUUCGAAAGCUGACCCAUAGCACAAAAAAGUUGGAGAUAAUGGAGGCCGACUUUGAGUCAAGCCGACAUUACCUUGAGGCAGAGCUGAACCAUGCUCGAGAAGAAGUGGACAAAUUGAAGGACAAAUUCCGCAGAUUACAGAAUAGUUACACUGCAUCCCAACGAACAAAUCAGGAGCUGGAGGACAAACUGCAUGCCCUGAUUAAGAAAGCUGAACUGGAAAAAAAGACACUCGACUGGGAAAUUGUGGAACUUACAAACAAAUUACUUGAUUCAAAAACUGCUAUAGACAAAUUGGAGGAGUUGAAUGAGCGCUAUCGACAAGAUUGUAACCUUGCUGUUCAACUGUUAAAGUGCAACAAAUCUCAUUUCAGGAACCACAAGUUUGCAGAUCUCCCUUUUGUACUUCAAGAGAUGGUGAACAAGCAUCUGGAGUCCAGUGAAGAUUUCCAGACAGGACGGGAGCCAAUCCUCACACUUGGUUCCUCUGACGUUGUGCCAACUUCUGUCAUUGCCAGAGUUUUGGAAAAGCCGGAGCCAUUGAUCCUGAACUCUGCCAAGUCCAGCAGCAGCACACAGCCUGUUGCAGAAGAUGUCUUUGUCCAUGUGGACAUGAGUGGCAACACCAAUGGUGUCAACUGUGCAGGGAAAGAGGGAGAUCAAGACAUGACAGAGGCAGUAUUGCCUAAAAAUGGGAUGUGUAGGCAGCCAGUUUGUUCAGAGAGCAUACCAGAUGAAGCAGCCACCUUUGAGAGGUUGAAUCCAUACCCCACUCCACCCCAGAACCUUUUCCCUGGCCGUAAAGCUGUCAUUGAAUUCUCUUCUGAUGACAAGGUUAAAAUCCCAAAGAACAGUCCCUUACCCAACUGUACAUAUGCCACCAGGCAAGCCAUAUCUCUCAGUCUGGUCCAAGGGGAGGAUGAUGGGUUGGAACUUCAGCGGACUGUAGCCAAUAGUCCGUCCUCAAGCGGGAGGAAGUCAGGGCAGGCAACCAACAGGCAGUACCAAUCUCCAAAAUCAGGCACACCCAGAGGGCCAGGAAACCAGUUUCAGUCAGCUCAGUCGAGUCCAUUCAACAGCCCACCUCAAACAUUAAGCGCAUUUGCCAGCUCUACAAGUUCAGAAGAAGACCUGCUUGCCAACUGGCAGCGGAUGUUUGUGGAGAAGGUAGCUCCUGCCUCUGAUAGGGACUUUGCUCAUCGAACAUCUUUCAGCAGUGACAUGGUGCAAGAGUUGCAGAAUAGUUUGGGCAACCAUGUUGCUGUGGGUGAGAGUAGGCAAGCUUACUCAGAUGGAGAAGAAUCUGGCCAGAGCUGCAGCUGGACAAUGAGUCGGGAUUCUAGCCUGGAUACAGACAGUAUUGAUUCUAAAGUACGAAAAAACAAAUGUACAUUGGAUUACAGGAGCAAAUUCUCUCAAGAAGAAGGAGAGCAGUUGCUGAACACUGCAGCUGUCGAUCAGCAGGACUCACAGUCUAAUCCACUGCAGAAGCACAAAGAAUACACGGAUACUGUCUGUAGGAACAGUUCAAUGGAAGAACACGAAGCUCUACUUUAUGAAAGUCAAACCACACUACAAGAUGAGCUGGAAGAGAUUGGAGACAAAACAUUGAUGACUUCAGUGGGACGUCAGCAGAAGAGUCCAAAAAGGAUGGGCGUCCAUUACUUAUUGCGAAAGGACAGUCUAACUAGGGCACAGGAACAGGGUACCUUGCUGGAUUAAAAUCAAGAUACCACCCAAAAUGUCACUCAGCAAAGAAAAACUUUUGAAAACCUUUUUCGUGUGUGUAGAAAUUAACGAUGUUUCCUAGGAGUGUAUGAAACUGAGCAAAAGCAAACUAAUCAGCAUGUGCAUUUUUAGUAGAAUCUGAGUUCAAAAGGCAAUACUUCAGACAGUAUUUUCUCAGAAAAUCAUUUUAUUAUGAAUUAAGUCAUUAUGGGGGGGGGGAACCCCAAAUUCCUGAUGAGUAUUCAUGCUGGGCGAUGGCAGGUAAUUUCUCAGUGCGUCUUUGGAUUUUGAGUUUUUGUGUACUUCACGUCUCCCUUGCAUGCCUUGAGCAAUGCGAGUUGAUUGCAUAUUUUAGUUAUCCUUCGGGUGGUAUUAAAUUUGUGAAAUGAUCUCAGUGCAUUAAGAAUGGUAGGUGUCGGCUUUAUUUCAAAGAUGUAGCAGACACCAGAAUGUUUUUUAAGCUCCUUGGUUUAAACUGAGACUACUAAUGCCAAUCCUUAACAUACAAACCAUUUAAUUAUGUUUGUAAUUUGCCUGCCCUGUCCUGAAUUACUAUGUGAAUCACUGAUUCAUCUGUUUGCAGUGUUACCACGAAUAUCAUGGGUGCACAACUUUGCCCAAAUGGGAAAAAGUGACAUUGAAUUACAUUUGUUUUGGUUCUGAUAUUUAUUUUUGCCUACUAAAGUCCAGAAUAGACCUCUACAACAUCUUGAAAUUAAAGAUUUAUGAAAAGAUGUUUGACAAAGGCAGAAUACAAAAUACAAACUUUUCAGAUAAUUUUGAUAGAAGCAUUAAAGUAUUUCCAGACUGCCAUCUAACAUGGUGUUGUCUUCCCAUUGCAGCCCAAUGAACAGUGGAAGUGCUUCUAAAGUGUUGCCACAUAUUCUUACCGCCUCACAUACCAAGCAGGUGGUCCGUGACAGGUUAAAUCUGGAUUACCACUAAACAGAACUGGAUAAUUUCCCAUGGUUGCCAACUCUAGACUGUAAAAUAGGGAAGCUUGAAUGAAUAGUUAAACAAACUGACUGCUCUGUUGAUCAGCUGUAGACAUCUGAAACUUCCAGCCUCUGUGUGGUGUUCUGUUAUUUUCUAACCAUCAGAUCGAGACUCCAACAUGUGCAAUGCCCACACCUAACCUGAAGAUUACUGAAUGGCGUGGUUGUCUAAGCUUGAUGAACAACCGUUCAUUUUCCUGUUUUACCACCACAAUGAUCCAAAAUGUUUCUGUACAAUAUUGAAGUACAGAUAAAUGCUUCUGUUAAAAUAGAUUUUCCUGCCGUUCUUUGAAAUAGGAUGUAACUGUCCAGCCCUCAGUAUCCUGCAGGUUUAUGUUAGCCUUCCUCUAAAUAUCUGCUGAUCUGGGAAAGAAUCCCAGCUUUACAAUGUCCUCUUCCAUUGGCUAACUUCAUGACAAUAUUUCCAACUGUUAAGGUUUAAAAGUAAUGAAUUAAAAUUAAGUAUUAUUAUUUCUAAACUUUUGGGUGGGUUACUGCUUAUCUGAAAAAAAUUCAAAGCUGAUUACAUCCUUGUAAUGAAGUUAGUUCUACAGUAUUUUAAAAUGAGCAUCAACUGCCAAACUCAGCAAUGGGUAACUGACUGAAAUCCGUUUCUAUCUGGCUGACUGUUGCAGGUGCAAGACCUCUUGGGCACUCAUAACUUGCUCCUCAGGGAAAAUACUAAAAGCCUGCUGGGAGCGCACGCACAGAUGUGCACACACACACACACAUACUCUCCAAGAACUCCUUCAUCUGGUAAUUUCUCAAAUAAUUUAUCCAUCUUAAUCUUGUGACCCCCCGCCCUCACUUUUAGAAUAUUAAGUGCUUGAAUGUAAAACUAUUGUGUUAUCAAAUAGUGAGUUAGUAGUUUGGGUCAGAUAACAGAGUUUGCCCACAUGUUUGAAUUUUAAUUUCCACUGAUCAAUAAUUUUGCAUUUUGUGUAUGGGAAUUUUUCUUGGUUAAAUCUUUAAAGCAGUGGUAAGUUUUGGAUGAGGCUUGCAAAUCUGACUUGACUUUGAGGCAGUGAAUUCAUGUGGGUGCUUUUCUUUGGUUAACUGUAGGUGACAAUACAAAAGUUUAGCUUUACAGUGACACCAUAAGUAGGUAGCAGCCUGAGUUGUAUUUUCAGUAAACCUCUUUACCAAUGGAAUUUAGUCACACAAUAUUCCCAAUCAAAUUUGUGAUGUCAUAAAAAUAAAACCAUAGCACUAAGGUGAUAAGCAUCUGAAACAGAAGCGAAGAAUAUUGGACAUACUAAGCAGGUCAGGAAGCAUUAGAUGUUUCAGGUUGCUGGUCUGCAAAAAGCCCUCAAGCCAGUUGAUGCAUCUGAAGGCUGUCCCGAGGACUGUGCACUAGUUUGAAUACAGUAUCAAGCUGCUUCCUAAUAUCCGCUUGGCUGUGAUGUAUUCAAUAUUUUUCACGGCCUAUUCUGCUUUUGAACGGUUUGCACCAUGUCUUACGGCUGAGAGCAGCAAUUUUCUAGUUACCAGUCUCAAUGUACAGAUUUCAUUAUUUCAGCCCUCUUUGAUGCUUUUCCCCUAUUCAUCUCUUGACUGUUUUUUUUUCAUAUGUUCUUCAAGGAAAAUCUCUUUUGGUCUUUCUCCAUGACAUUGACCUUUUAUGUCCAUGUCUAGGGUUAUGUCAUGCUGUCAUGAUCGCUUUAGUAUUCUGAGGUAGUUCAGAUAGAAAUGAUUAAUUUCCUUCAGUGGGUGUCCAUCACUUGAGUGCAGACUAGUCAACUAAGGACCUUGGUUCCAUAGACGGCCUUUAUUUUUAAUGAUAUGACUUCAAUCCUGUAAUUUUCCAAAAUUCUCCUUGAACAGUCCUGUCUGAUUUCUUUUUCAUAGACAGGACACAGGCUGUUUGGUAUAAGAAUUAUAGAAGGUCCAUUUGAGAGUACACUAUUGCAAUGCAAUCCAUGUCUUCCCAGGAGUGAGCCAAUUAGCAACACAAUCACAAACAGCAGCUUUAGUCCCAACCUGUGAUCUCCAUGAUAAGCAACUUUGCACUCUGAAGCUGAUCUAUUCUCCAAUACAAAGAGGGGUAUGUUUGUGAAUUCUGAACUGAAGCACAUUUGACAUGAUUUAACAUGACUCAGGUUUCACCAUCCUCUGAUACAUUGGCAGCUAAGUCCUCUGAUCAUUUGGAUGAUUUUUUUUUUCUACUGAAAACUUAGAAUCUUUUACAGCCAUACCUAAUUUCUGUCUCAAGGUUUGAUCUUCCAAGCAUAAAGGAGCUCAGUGUCUUCUCCACUUACUUAAGAGUUGUGUGGUGUUAAUAUCUCAUGUAUUUUUCCCCAGCUGGAACAGAAGCCAAACAGCCUUGGAUAAGGACUCAUGAUUCUAUGUUCUAUGUGAAAUUAUUUAAUUGACAGACUAAUUUCCCAUCCUCUUGUUUAGUAGGUUUGCAAAAUCUUCUAUGCACCGUUGUUCCCUUUAGUGCCCCUUACUUGGCCCACACAGUCAUACCUUGUACGGGGUGAUCAUUACCAGUCUUACAUAUUUAUGUAGGGAUUGUGAGCCAGGUGUUUUUCCUUUGCACUUCGCAGUGUUCACUUAGUUUUGGGAAUGUUGUGAUUAAUGAUCAGAACAAUUGAAUUGAGCUUGUUCUUUCCCUGUUUCCCUGUUUAGGUUUUGUUUUUGACCAACCUUUCAAGCUUUUGGUCUUGGCCAAGUAAGUUUAAAUCAAUCUGAACUCAGGGCAUUCAGCUGCACCAUGCUGCCCUGCUUUUGAAUUUGCUGAUAAUUUGGGGUUUUCAGGCUAUGGCCUGUGAUCUCCUGUUGAUUUGACCCCAAACUUUGAGAGGGUGAGGUGGUGGUCUGAGCCAUUCUGCUGUUGACUCUUGUGGUAAAUGUGAACUUCAAUACCAUUGUAUAAUCUUUUGGUUCUUGUGUUGUAGUCUUGCUGACAUUGAGAGUAUGUUCCACAGUCUUUGUUCAGGGGGAGUUGAUCAUUACUCUGCCAUGCUUUGUUAUUAAUGCCUGACUAAACUAGAGCCAACUAAAAUCAUCAAAGCAAUAUUAGUUUAUUUUUCUUUGGCACCUGAGUCAUGGUAUUUAUGGUCUUCUCAUAAAACUUGCCUUCGAUUUCAGCUGAGUGAUUAAAAUUGAUGCAUAGGGAUUGAUGAAAGUAGUGAAACACACCUGGUGGGAAGUUCUGAAGGUCAUAUGACAGUCAUUAAUAUUCUAUAGGAGACUUUCCAGAUCAUUGACAAUGUUUGACAUAACAACAAAAUCAGUACCCAGACCAAAAGCAGGGGCACUGACAUGUAUUGAGAUCCAGGAAAAGAGCAGACAUGGAAUAGGGAGAAAGAAGGCUCAUUUUGAGGAUGGAGUAGUUAAAUAACUAAAGGCUGAUGAUGCAUGACUAAAGGGAGACAGCAAUGGGACAAAUAAAGAUGUGUCUAGAGGUCAGAUUAAUUUCCAGACAAUGUAGAACUCCGUGAGCCUGGUAGUGUAAUUGAGGAGUGGAGACUUGUUCCUCAAAGUUACAUUGAUCUUCACAUUAGAUCUGUGUGGGAAGUGGAGGAUAAAUGGGAAAUGGUAGGCAAACUAAAUAUGAGCACCUGAAAGCCUGAUGUCAAAUGUGCAUGUGUCCCCAGCUAACAUCCACUAUUCCUGUUGUGGAGAGGAAUGCACUGAGAGUGGUACAGUGUAUACCAGCUGAACAAAGCAGAAUUAAGUUCUUUUUUCCACCAAGAGUGUUUGUACCCUCUGUCAAUUGUGGGGCGAUUAUAAAAAAACAAACAACUAUUUGGUGAAAUUGAGGCUUAGAGCAGGAAUGAGUGAUGCAUUUUGAUGUGGUAUCAAGUUGAAGGUACCAGAAAUGGCAGAGAGAGCUCUGGUGAAUGUUGGCUAGAAAUGGAAGUGCUAGAAGAACUCGCCCUGUUGAGCAGCAUGUGUGGAAAGAGAAACCAGUCAACAUUUUGGGUCAGAAAUCUUCACAACUUGGGAAUGAGGUGCAAUAUAUAAAAAAAACACGUGGUGACUGGUUCGACGGAUCAGGUGAGGUGCAUGAGUGUAAUUUGUAGAAACAUUGCAAAAGAGGCAUAAAUGUGAUAAUGUGAAACAAAGAGAGCAGUUUACCUGAAGUUAGAAAAUUCACUGCUCAUUUCAAAAGAUUUGAAAGUACUCAAUUAAAAUGUUCAUCUACGUAAUGUUGGACCUCACUGUGCCACUGGAGGGGACGUCAGAAGGGAAGUGAACUGAGCACACAAUGGGAAGCUCAGUAACAUUCUGGCAGAUUGAGCUCAGGUUCUCCACAAAGCAGUCACUCAACCUGUGUUUGGUUUCUCCUGUGUAGAGGAGGUGAACUGUGAACACUAAAUGCAGUACAUUAUACUGGGAAGAAGAACAUGACACUUUCUCACACUGCUUCUUUAAAGUGCCUUGGUAUUGGUCAUUACUCACACUCCUUACUGCCUGAUCUGUCCUAACCUAUCUCCGUGUAGGCUUCUGUGUUACACUUCACAGAGCUGUAAACUCUCCAUGCUUCCCCAGUUCGGAAGAAAGGUCUCUGACUGUAACAUUGAGAGGUUUCCCUUUCCGCGGAUGUUGCUUGAUGGCUGAGUACUUGCAGCAGUUCUGUUUCUGUUUCAGGUUCUGGCACCUACUGUUUUGUUUGGUCUUUUCUUUGAAUAUGGGAAGUAGUUUGUGAAUGGGCACAGGGAUACAAUAUCCUGGUUCUGGCAGGGAGAAGAGGUAAAGGCAGAAGUGUGGAAGUGGAAUAGAUCUAAUCCAGGAUCCUUGGCAGGCCAGGCAGCAUCUAUGGAAAAGAGUACAGUCGAUAUUUCAGGCCGAGCCUCUCAGCAGGAAAAAGGGUUGUGGCCCGAAAUGUUGACUGUACUCUUUUCCGUAGAUGCUGCCUGGCCUGCUGAGUUCCUCCAGCAUCACACACAAAAUGCUGGAGGAACUUAGCAGGCCAAACAGCAUCUAUGGAAAAAAGUACAGUUGAUAUUUCAGCCCAAAACCCUUUGGCAGGACCCAUUUUGUAUGUCUUGCUUAGAUUAUCAGCAUCUGCAGGUUUUCUGUUGUUUGUGAUCCAGGAUUCUGUUAGCCAUGGACAGAAGCCUCCCAUGUUGAAGAUGACACUAGGUCAGGUCUGAUGGAGAAGUGGGAGAACAAAGCUGUUUUUGCACAGGAUGUGAGGUUUACAGUGGAUGUUGGUCAUCAGCUGGACCCUGAAAUGAACUGUAAAAGGAAGCAGAGGACGGGUAUUGUGGGUUGAGGUAAAGGUGGGAGUGUAUUGUCCAAAGGUUGAGAUAGCUAACUCAGGAAUAGAACAGCACUGCCUUAAAAACAGGCUGACGCGAUUGGUGCUUGUAACAUUAAUGCAAAUCUCUUUAGCAGCAGUUGAAAGAUCCAUAAAAUGUUGAUCUAAAAAUAUGGUGAUGUUCCCAAUACAAAUGCGCCUAUGUGUGCAGAGAUUUGGCAGUGAUGAUCUGGGAAGCAUUAAGUACAGCAAAUUAGGUUGUGACUGAACUCUGAGUUUAGUUAUUAGAACCAGUGCACCCACAUGAAUGAUGACUGUCACAUUUUUCAGAGCAUUUAUUUGAUUUCUCCAAUUUGCUACACUGCUUUGUACAGCGAAAAUUGAUUAGGAGAACUGAUUCAUUCCCAAGGAAGGUGUUCCCAAAGUUUGUACCAUGUUCUACCUAACAGAAAAUUUCCUUUGUGGUGGAAGCAGUUGGUUUCAGCUUGACAGAACAUCCAUGAGCAUUGAAGGCACUUGAUGCAAUGAUUGUGACGUGUUAAUUCCACCCCUAAAAAGCCAGAGAACAGACUGUAUUUCAGAGAUAGUUGUCACUUGUGUGCACAAAAUCUGUCAACCCUCCACAUGUAAAGCACUCCCUGCUGCCCUCUCCACUUCGUUGCAGGCUGUCCUAUGCAGUUUAUUUUUGUGUAUGUUCGCUUUGCUUCCUUCCCCAACCUGUGUGUUGUGUGUCAACUGUCUUCCCAUUGAGCACGGCCAGUCAGCAUAUUUUCCGAUCUGUGAUAUCAAGUUCCCUCUGCCACCUGCUCUCACAGCACAAUGUCUUAUUCCUAAACACCUUCUAUGCUGCCUUUCUCACCCCUUACAUCAGGAUACUCUUAACAAAUCAACCCCAUAAUUACUCAGAGAGGCUGAUCACUGCUUCUCCAGACUACUCAGGCUCUGCUGUCUCCCACCCACACACUUCAAGUCCUCUCCAAGUCUGAUUCACUCUGUCAUCUACCUGCUGUUCACUUCCUGGCCUCUCAAUCUCCCCACUCUAUUGCUCUUUGUUCAUGUUUUAUUUCAUGUCUACUUACAAAAUAGGCAUUUGUACCAUUCAACUCAAUGCGAACUCUCAGAGCAAUCCCAUCAAUCUCUUUCACCUAAUUCUUGUCGCGUCCAUUAAUAAUGCUUCUCCUUCUACCCAUGUAACACCGAUAAAUAUCAGACCACUGUGACUCCUGCUGCAAUUUUGACGCUGACACUCCUGCCGGGAUGCCGGUGCUGGGGCACUGAGAGACUGGCCAAAGUAAGUGCUUGUUGAUAGAACUGUGAACUGUGAUAUUCAAUAUGGGUGUCGUCUGAAGUUAAAAUUUGUAUGGAGAAACUUCAUAUUUAUCCGAAACAUGUUCUGGUUCUUUGUGUACAAAUAUUCUUUGGUCGUGGCCAGUAUGUGUCUACAAAAACAAUAUCGACUUGCUGUUGACUGGAGGAGCAGUGAUGAAAUAACUUGAAAUUCUGCAACGUGUUAGUCAGUGGUGUUCAGGAAUCUGGGCCAUCUCCUCUGGUUAGCCUACCUAUUGAUCAGUGGGUUGAUUUCAAGCAGUGUGUUUGGCCAUUUUAAAGGCAUAGUACCUUUUUUUUUCAAGAAUUACCAGCCUCUGGCCCACUCUCUCUAUUCGAUGAAAUGAAUUUAAAAGAGCAUUGGCUAGUGCGUAGUCUAUGCAUCCCAGGCUCAGCACUCUUCUCUACGCUGUGCUGGAGGUGGCUUUGGUAAAUAAUUCUGAGGGCUAAUCAUUCAUUAGCAUUAAGAUUGUGUCGAUGAAUUGCACUUUCAGUGUAUUUGAAGGCCAGUGGUCUCUCUGCACAUUCACUUUGCUGUUUGAUGACCUGAGAACCCAGCUGCAUUUUGUGUUCAGUUAUUCACUGAGUGUUGCAAAUCCCAGUUCUGAAUCUGUACCUUUCUCAGUUGAAGCUUCCAUGAUUUUAGUGCUUCCAAUCCAUUUCACUCAUUCCUUAGGGAUGCAGGAUGUUGUAGCAAUUCAUCUGUAUCCAUGUACAAGACUGUUAAACUUUUACUGAUUUUAUUUUCUCAAUUUGUAAAACUGAA